UCUUUGGCUGCGGUUGGCCUCGAUGGAAAGGGAGCCACAGGAGAUCUUUUACUUCCUGUUCACAAACAACAUUGGAAAGAAAGACCCAGCUCUCUAUGAGGAGUGGGCAUUUGCACUGGAGAGACGCAAAGAGUACCAGAAGGCGCAUGACCUCCUUUUCGAUGGCAUGUUCCAGUGCCGCGACAAUUCCGCAGCAAGCCAACGCCUCUCUGCUAUCAGGGAGGCCUUGACGAUGCACAUGAUGGAUUUGGGAUUGUGGUCAGAGAACUCGGGAGGGCCAAGAAUGCUCUCCAUGGAGGAACCAGAGCGGACGAGCCGUCCUGCAUUGAACCCCAUUUCCAUUGAAGAGGCAAAAGAGCUAAAUCGUCCUCAAGAGUGUCGACCUGUGGAGUCUAGGCGCCUUUCAGGCGGACGACCAGUCUUGAUGCGGGUUAGGGGUCAGCCUGGCUUUGCAAAUGUGAUCCACGAAGACUUGGCCGAUGACCGCCCGGUUCUCCCAGGAGAGCCACGAGAGUCUUUAUUCGAUACUAGUGCCUUGGUGCCG